GCUGAGAUUUUUGUCUGUCGAGUUAGGUGACUGAAGUGGAUGCACAGCAGCUGAGCACAGCCUCUCGGUGUAUUGUAUCUGUCUGGAUCUGCUCGCAUUUUCAGGAUGGCCAAGGCUGAAAAAAUUGCCGUUUUCGGAAACUCUUCAGAGGAAUCGUUCAUUAAUAGCCCAAUUUACGAGUUCGCUUACGAAUAUUACGAUUUUGAUAUUUCAUUUGACGGACUCAAAGCGAAUAAGUUUUAGAGGAUGCCGCAAUGGACAACCCCAACAGAUCCACAGGCGAAAUGUUGCUUCACCUGGAAGGAGUCCUUGGGGUCCUGUAUGGAGAUUCCAUUGUAAUAGCUUUUUGGGUUGGCCUUGCUGUGUUCAUGAUAUUUCUCUUCAUAAUACUUAUGUUGAUGUCACGCUCUGGCCCUACACCAGCACAAAUUGACAGUUCAAGAAGAAAGCCAGCAACAACAUUUACUAGGAAUAAUCGUCAAGAGCAGGCAGGGAAUGUGAUCAACUGUGUUAUUUCAUCACUACUACCAGAUGACACCGGAAAGGCAGCAAACAGCAACGUCAACAAUGAACAGAAGUGCCCUGGAGCCUCUGCGGAGCCACAGAUACAGGUGGAUAAUACUGCAAAUCCUGGCAGAGUUAUUCCACAAUCAAACUACCCCUAACUGGCAUAGGUUUCCUAGCAUUAGUCCUGGGAUAAAAUUGUAGUGUCACAAUAUUUAGCAAUACAGUCAGAAAAAAUAUUCAUAUAUGUUUGGAUAGUUCAGGGGAUUCAUGGAAUUCCUAAUUGAAUUGUUGGAGUUGUGCUAAAUAACAUCACUAGCAAAUAAAUGAAUUUGUUGGAACAGCAGGCCAGGCAGCAUUUGUAGCAAGAGGGACAUAAAUUCUGGGCCUGAUUGUGCUAGUUUAGUCUCCCACAUAGAAGUGGUGACUAUAGAAGUCGUCAAAUUCAUUGUUGGAUUACCAAAGGCUGCAACGUUUCCAGAUGAAAGAUCAGGUGCUCAUGAUUAGACUGAACUUUAUUGCGAUAGGGUAAAAGGCAGGAGAUAGGGAGUGGAGAAUAGCAGAUCUAAAGAGAGAGGGUUGUAGGCUGAACAGAGAUGUCAUACGGAGCAUUCAAUCAAUCUGCAUUUGGUUUCUUGACAUUGAGGAAACUGUAGCACGAGCAGAGAUCUGGAGAUCAUGUGUGGUCCUGAGGAGAAGAGGUAAAAAAGGCAAGAGAAUGGGAAGGAGAUGGGUUUUCAUGUCAGUGAUAAAGUAAAUCACGAAGCUCCGGAGGGAAUAUUCUUUACAAAAUAUUGUAAAGGCUGGCAGGGAAACGUACUUGGUGGUGACAUUAUUUUGGUGGUGUCAAAAAAAGAGCAGAGAAUGCUUCUUUGAAUGCGGGGGCUGACAGAGAGGAAAGCAAGCACAAGGAAACUCUACAUGGGUCUCAGACCGAAACAGCAACCGUUUAUUCUGCUCCAUAGAUGCUGCCUGACCUGCUGAACUCGUCCUUUAUUUUGUGUGUAUCGCACAAGAAAGCUAUAUUCCGAUUCCCAUUCCCGUUCCGAUGUGUUCCAUGGCCUCCUCUUGUGCCAGGAUGAGGCCACCCUCAGAAAACAGGAUUGCAGUUUUCAGAGUGUGUGAAAACCAAGUGUGGGAACUGGAACCAUGAGACCAUAAGGAGUAUAGUUAAGAUAUCGAAUGGAUAUGGUUAAGGGCCUUGCUGGGCAUAAAGAAAGAGAAUCCUCAGCUGAGAACAAAGGAAGAGCCUUCAAACCAAAGCAAUUUUUGCCUUCUGCUCCACCAGCAAAUCUAACAAAUCACCUUCUUACACCUCCGGGUAAUGCUAUAGCCAAACACACCUUCUCCUCUUACCCCUUCUUGCUGAUUUUGCUCUCUUAUUUAUCUCUAGCAGGACCCACUCCCAUCCAAUGGCACCUUCCUAUAGAAUUACAGGAAGUUCAACACCUGACCUUGUAUUUCUUCCUACCAACCAGAAUCCAAAAUCUCACUCUAGACGAGGUAAUGAAACUGAUACUUCUUUUCAGCAUCUGGACGAUCUUGGUCUUCACCCAUUCCCCACUCUGCAGCAUAGAAUAUGCUUGUUUUCUCAUUUUUCCAGCUCUAAUAGAAAGGUCAUCAGUCUGAAACAUCAACUGUGCCUAUCUCCACAGAUAUUGCCUGGCCUGCUGAGUAUUUCCAGCAUUUUUGUUUUCAGAUUUCCAGUAGCUGUAGAAUUCUACAUUUGUUUUGGCAACAAAUGCACUUUUCAAUUUUUUUUAGUAUAUGCCGGACUUUGAAGCUACUGUGAAAGGUCGUACAACUGUGACAUGGUAAUGUAGUGGUUAGCACAAUGCUUUAUAGUACAAGUGGCCCAAGUUCAAUUCCCACUGCUGCCUGUAAAAAUUUUGUACUUUCUCCCCAUGACCGUGUGGGUUUCCUCCCACAUUCCAAAGAUGUACUGGUUGGUAGGUUAAUUGGUCGUUGUUAAUUAUCCCCUACUUAGGGUAGGAUUAAAUUGGGGGUUGUUGGGCAGCGAGGCUGGAAGAGUCAGAAGGGCCUAUUCUGCACUGUA